AUGUCAUUAUCAGAGACACCAUACAAGUUGGAAUAUGCUUACAAUUUUUACUUAACUUUUGUGGCUGAUAUAUUAAUUUAUGUUAGAAAUUUCAUAUUAUACAUAGGUGUUUGGUUGAUUGGAUAUUUGUGUGUGUGUUGCGUGGUUUACAGACGUUAUGCUAGACGACUCCCGACAAGAAUUCGUGGCGCUCUCGGAGCUAAAAGAGUAUUAUUAGUUAUUGCCCAUCCUGACGAUGAGUGCAUGUUCUUUGGUCCAACAAUAUUUAGAUUGUGCGAGCAAGGUGCUGAAGUCUAUCUGCUGUGUCUAUCCAAUGGUAACUAUGAGGGUAAAGGUGGUGAAAGACGAAAGGAGCUAUGGAAUGCCUGCCGCGAGCUGGGUGUACGUGAUAGCAAUAUAUGUCUUAUCAUGGACACAAGAUUGCCGGACAACCCUAAAGCUCAAUGGCCAGUUCCCGUCGUAGCUAAGCUCAUACAACACAAGCUAGAGGCCUUGGAUAUCGAUACUUUAGUGACAUUUGAUCGUGGAGGUGUCUCAUCACACCCAAAUCACUCAGCCGCCUUUUAUGCUGUAGCCUAUAUGUUCGUUGAAAAGAAUAUGCCUUCAAAGUGUACGUUUUAUACACUGGAUUCUGUAAAUAUAUUGAGAAAGUACUUGGGGUUCCUGGAUCUUCCGCUGAGCUUUGUUCUAUCUUCCAAAAGGUACUUCCUUCGAUGGACUGAAAGUCGCCGCGUCACACGAGCGAUGAAGCUUCACAAGAGCCAAAUGGUGUGGUUCAGAUAUCUGUACGUUAUGUUUUCUAGGUACAUGGUCAUCAACACACUAAGGAAGAUCAAUCUCGCUGAUAUAGAGCUUGAACUAGAAGUAGAUGACUAG